AUGGACCGCAUUGAAGAAGAGUUUCGAACCCUUAAGAAGGGAAAUUUGUCGGUAAGAGACUAUACACGACUUUUCAUGGAAAAGCUAAACUUAGUGGGGCACGUGGCUCCUACGGAGAAGGAAAAGAUAAAAGCUUACCUCAAGGGGUUACCUGCGGACAUGAUGGUAAUGGUCAGGAACUCUAGAGCCUCCACCCUUAGGGAGGCAAUUAAAGAGGUGAAAGUCAUGGAAUCGGUGUAUGUUAAAGGAAGGGAAGAGAAAGUGGCAAAUGGUGAAAAGAGAAGGUGGGAAGGUCAUUAUGUGCCUUCCAAGAGGCCCAACCAUUUCAACAACAACAAUCGUGAGGCCUAUCCUAGAAAAGAGGCUAGGUGGUGUCCCAAGUGCCGCAGUAAACACCACGCCCCGUGUACCACCAACCCUACUCCUGUAAGAUGCUUUAAGUGUGGGAAACUAGGCCACUCACAAAAUGAGUGUCCGAUCAAGGGACCCAUCUAUUUUGGAUGCGGAGAGCCAGGUCACUUCAAGAAUGAUUGCCUGAAAUUGAAGGCGGGAGGGGGUCAGGGAAGAAAAGAAGGUACAUCGAAAGCAGUCGGUCGAGCUUUUCAAAUGACGGCGGAAGAAGCUAAGGCAUCGACGGAUGUGGUGUCGGAUACGUUCCUUGUUAACUCUGUACCUGCGCAUGUGCUUUUUGAUUUGGGUGCUUCAUGUUCUUUUGUGUCCACUGCAUUCUAUCAACCUUUGUAUAUGCCCCCUAGUGCACUAGAAGUUGCCCUGAUCAUAGAGAUAGCGAAUGGUAUUCGAGUACUGGUGAGUGAAGUUGUUAGGAGUUGCAUAUUGGGGAUCGAGGGAAAAGAAUUUCAAGUAGAUCACAUACCCAUGUCUAUCGGUGGAUUUAGAUGUCUUAAUUGGAAUGGAUUGGUUGAUAAAGAACCAAACGGAAAUCUUACAUUCUAA